CAGGCGCUCUGUUAUGUGCAUUCUUGGUUAUGUCUACAUUGCAUCUCUUCUAACAAACUGGAAUACUGCUUUAAGUAAUCCGAGAUUCAUUUGAGGAAAGAUGCUUCAGCGGGAAGAUUCUGAGGGAAAUCCCUAUGUGUUUAACGAAGAAGAUUUACCUUAUGAGGAGGAAAUCUUGCGCAACCCUUACUCUGUGAAACAUUGGCAGCGAUAUAUUGAUCAUUUGAAAAGCACUAAGAGCGCAAAUCUAAAUAUCGUUUAUGAAAGAGCGCUGAAGGAACUACCGGGGAGCUACAAACUUUGGUACAAUUACCUCCGACAGCGUGUGAGUCAGCUGAAAGGACGUUGCAUAACUGAUCCUCUCUACGAGGAUGUCAACAAUGCAUUUGAACGUGCCCUUGUCUUCAUGCAUAAAAUGCCUCGAAUAUGGAUGGAUUAUUGCACGCUCAUGACGGAUCAAUUGUUCAUUACUCGAACUCGUCAGGUCUUCGAUCGUUCGCUUAGAGCCCUUCCCAUAACUCAGCACCAUCGUAUCUGGCCUCUUUAUAUAGGCUUCCUUAAGAAACACAACGUUUAUGAGACGGCCGUUCGAGUCUUCAGAAGAUACUUGAAGUUAGCUCCUGAGGAUGCCGAGGAGUACAUAGAAUACUUAAUAUCUACUGGAAGGUUAGACGAGGCUGCAGUAAAACUUGCUCAAAUUGUAAACCAAGACGACUUUGUUUCGAAACAUGGAAAAUCCAACCAUCAGCUGUGGAAUGAACUUUGCGAUCUCAUAUCGAAAAAUCCUUCAAAAAUAAAGUCAUUGAAUGUCGAUGCUAUCAUUAGGGGUGGUUUGAGACGUUACACGGAUCAGUUGGGUCCACUCUGGAAUUCUUUGGCUGACUAUUACGUUCGUAGUGGUCUGUUCGAAAGGGCCAGAGAUAUCUACGAAGAAGCUAUUCAGACUGUGUCCACCGUCAGAGAUUUCACUCAAGUGUUCGAUGCCUAUGCGCAAUUUGAAGAGCUCAGCCUCAGCAAACGGAUGGAAGAUGCUGCGAAGAAUCCUAAUCCAACGGAAGAAGAUGAUAUUGAAUUGGAACUUAGAUUGGCCAGGUUUGAACACCUGAUGGAGCGGAGAUUGCUGCUACUAAACAGUGUCCUGCUCAGGCAAAAUCCGCACAAUGUUCAAGAGUGGCACAAAAGAGUUAUGCUGUACGAGGGUCAGCCCCACGAGAUAAUCAAUACGUACACCGAAGCAGUUCAAACAGUUCUGCCCCAGCAGGCUGUGGGAAAGCUACACACUUUGUGGGUGGCAUUUGCGAAAUUCUAUGAGGAAAAUGGUCAGAUUGCCGAUGCCAGAGUGGUAUUUGAAAAAGCGACACACGUUCCAUACACAAAAGUUGACGAUCUUGCCUCGGUUUGGUGCGAAUGGGCGGAAAUGGAGAUCAGACACGACAAUUGCAAAGAGGCUUUAAAACUGAUGCAUCGUGCAACGGCUAUGCCGUCGCGGAAAGUUGCGUAUCACGAUGAGACUGAAACUGUUCAGAUGAGAUUAUACAAGUCGCUCAAAGUCUGGUCGAUGUACGCUGAUCUUGAAGAGAGCUUUGGUACUUUUAAGACGUGCAAGGCAGUUUACGAUAAAAUAAUUGAUCUGAAGAUUGCAACGCCACAGAUCAUUAUCAAUUAUGGGCUAUUUCUCGAGGAGAACAAUUAUUUUGAAGAGGCCUUUCGGGCAUAUGAAAAAGGCAUCGCUCUAUUCAAGUGGCCAAACGUUUACGAUAUAUGGAAUACCUACUUGACUAAAUUCCUAAAUAGAUAUGGAGGUACCAAGCUUGAGAGGACUCGAGAUCUUUUCGAACAAUGUUUGGAACAUUGUCCGCCAAGAUAUGCGAAAGCCUUGUAUUUACUCUAUGCCAAGUUAGAAGAAGAGCACGGUUUGGCUAGGCAUGCGAUGUCAGUUUAUGAGCGAGCAACGAAUGCAGUUUUACCCGAGGAAAAAUUCGAGAUGUUCAAUAUCUACAUCAAGAAGGCUGCCGAUAUAUACGGAGUGCCCAAAACUCGUCAAAUUUAUGAAAAAGCGAUCGAAGUACUCAGUGAAGAAAACACUAGGGAAAUGUGCCUAAGAUUUGCCGAAAUGGAAACCAAGCUUGGCGAAGUCGAUCGGGCUAGAGCGAUUUACGCUCACUGUAGUCAAAUUUGCGAUCCAAGGGUAACUUCUAAUUUUUGGCAAGUGUGGAAAGAGUUUGAGGUUCGCCAUGGUAAUGAAGAUACAAUGAGGGAAAUGCUGAGAAUCAAGCGUAGCGUCCAAGCAAUGUAUAACACUCAAGUGAAUAUGAUGUCAGCGCAAAUGCUAAAUAGUGCGGCAAAUCUUGCUAGCGAUGAGCCUGUCGCUAGUUUGAAUGAUGCCAUGAAAAGUCUUGACAAUAAAACAUCUUCUACAAGCGCUGAUAUCACAGCGCAGUCUGGAUUCAAAGACAACAUUAAUUUUGUCAGAGGAGUUACGGAAGGAAACGGUAGAGCAGAACCUCAAGUGAAUAACCCUGAUGAAAUAGACAUUGACAUGGACGAUGAUAGCGAAGAUGAGAAAGAAGUUGAAGAAGAUGUACCUGUUGAAAAACAAGCUAUUCCAUCAAAAGUAUUUGGAAGUCUGAAGAACGCUAGAGUAGAGGAAGAUGAAGACGAGGGUCAAGAGAAAAAUGCUGACAACUGAAGACUUCAUUCCUAAUCUAAUCGCAUCUACAUACUCUGAUUAUAUUUGGCCUUCGACCGAAGCAAUGAUCACUUGACUUUCGACAUAAAUAUAGAAUUUCUUACAAGCAAAA